CGGUCGUGGGGUGGCAGAGCGGUGCCAACCAGUGCCGACGACAUCAACAGUUCUGUCUGAGCUCUCGAAGUCGUGGGGUCGCUCGGUCGGUAGGUCGGCAACCCCGCUUUGAGAAUUUAAAUCUCUCUCAUUCAAUCUCGAGUCUUCAGCUCGUUCUAUUCGGUUUUCAUUGUGCUACUCUCAAGUACACUUAAUCCUCUUGUGAUACUCGAUACGUCUUUCGUCGUAAGUACAAUACUAAACUGUCGAUAACACACUCUUUUAUACUGUGACAAAUACUUUUAUUUAACGAAAUACGAUUUUGUGCUAAAGGGUAAUCAUGAAGGCCCAUACACUUGUCGUGGGCGCCUGCUUCUUACUCAGUUUAUCUGGCAUUAAUGCACUUGAGUGUUACGUUUGUAACAGCUACACUGACAGUCGGUGUGCUGACAAAGAACCACAUCCAAGUCUCAUUCAAAAAUGUGACAUGCUCUCCAGUGGUGGUACCAAGUACACGAUGUGCAGAAAAUCUGUCCAGUCUAUUGAGUUUGUAGUAAAUGGAUUACCACCAGAGGUUCGAGUAAUAAGAACCUGCGGUUACGACGAAUCAAACUACAAGGGCCGAUGCUACCAACGAGGAGGUUUUGGAGGCCGACAGGAGGUCUGCUCGUGCUUGACUGACCGUUGCAACGCAGCGACGCCGAUCUUUGAUAAAGCACCUCACUUUAUUUUAAUGCUUUUGUGUAUUAUCGGUAGUGCCGUGCGCACCAUCGGCAAUUAAUUAAACACAGCUCUUGAGCUUGUCGUAAACGGGCCGUCGAGAUCCGGCCGAUAAUGAUGACGCCGGACUUAAAAACGUAAUGUCAUCAUCAUCGUUUCGGACUCGUAGAAAUAAUUUAAAUAAUAAUAAAAUUAUAAAUUUAACAACCAGAGUACCAUUUAAUAAUGGCAACGAAAAAUAUUUAAAAAUAAUUUUCGAUCGCGUCGAAUGUUCAUGUUGUUGAUUGCGUUAUUGUUGCCGGCGUGACGGUAAGUCCGCGCCUCUCCUUAAAUACAAUCUCAUUGAUACCAAAAAAUAAAAUAUACUAAAAUUAUAAUAUAAUAAUAAUUAAAAAUUAAAAUUAAACAGAUAAGAUAAUGAUAUUGAUAUUAAGGAGAGAUAAAAUGUGUAUGUAUAAAUGACCGUAUGAACACGCUUAAAAUUAUUAUUGCCGUAUAAAAUGCACAAUUGAGAGGUGGUUGGGCCCUGGUGGAGUAUUCGAGUCAUGUGAGGCAAGUGUGCGCAGUGGGUAAGUGCGCCAACCCAUGCAUUUCCGUCCGAAAUGAAUGGAUUUGCGCGCGCUUACACAUCGCGCACACUUGCCUCACCACUCUGUCAUCAAUCGUCACUAUUAAUUAAUAAUUAAAUAUUAAUUAUUAAUUACGGGCCAAUUCGCAUGCACGGGGAAUUUAAUUGUGGCCCCGUUGCCUCGAGCAUUACUCACACUGCCUCGAAAAAAUACGAUUCUCUUUAAAUUACUCUUUAUUGUUUAUUAUUUAUUUUUAUUUUUUCCUUUUUUUACGAUAAUAAAUAUUAAUUUGUUCUUGAUCAUCAUUGUUUUUAUCAAAUCGUUGGCUUAGCUGACUUGUUUAAACAUACGCGGUAAUAUAAUUAUUAGCUUAGUAUGUGAUAAAAAAAAUUGAGUAUAAUAUUUUGUAUUUUUUUUUAACAUUCCGAUGAUGCUCGAGAAAAAAUUAAUGGAAAAAAAAAAAAUAAUAAAAGUAAAUUUAAUUUAAUAGGGAGUCAGCUCGGGCACUGUUCACACUUUAUUAAAUAAAAAAAAAAAGUAAUGUUCUGUGUGUAGAGCUUAAUUAAAAUAAAAAAUACAAAAUGAAUGCGUUAUAAAUUUUAAGAGAGAUUAUUGAUAUAAAUAAAUAUAAAAAUUAAUAAAAGAAAU